AUGGAGAAAUUGGUCAAUGAGAUGCUUGCUGAAGGCAUUAUACGACCUAGCACCAGCCCUUUUUCAUCCCAUGUCCUUCUUUUGUUUGACGAACUACAUGGGGCAAAGUACUUCUCGAAGCUCAAUUUAUUAUCCGGCUAUCAUCGGAUCAGAGUUAGGCCUGAAGACAUUGAGAAGACUGCUUUUCGCACUCAUGAAGGACACUACGAGUUCUUAGUGAUGCCUUUUGGGCUAUCCAAUGCUCCCUCAACAUUCCAGGCUACUACGAACUCGAUCUUUCGACCUUACUUGCGUCGCUUUGUGCUUGUUUUCUUUGAUGACAUCUUAGUUUAUAGCCCAAUGAUGAUAGACUAUAAUUGUGAACGAGUGGAUUAUUUGGGCCAUGUUCUGUCGCAGCAAGGCCUAUCGGUGGACCCUGCUAAAAUUGCUACUAUACAACAAUGGCUUGUACCACGGAACGUGAGGGAAGUACGCAGUUUUCUUGGGCUCGCUGGAUAUUAUCGGCGGUUCAUUCGUCACUACACCAUGAUUGCCAGUCCUUUGACUGAUCUUCUCCGACAUGACUCAUAUUCUUGGACAGCUCAAGCUCAAAAGGCCUUCGAGAAUUUGAAGGAAUGUCUCAGCUCCACACCAGUGUUGGCACUUCUUGAUUUUUCUCAACCCUACCAAGUUGCAACUGAUGCUUCUGGAAUAGGCAUCGGAGCGGUAUUGUCGCAGAAAGGUCAUCCAGUUGCCUACUACAGCCAAAAGAUAUGCCCUAGGAUGCAGCGCGCAUUUACUUAUGUUCGUGAAAUGCCAGGAAAACAUAAUCUCGCAGCUGAUGCUCUAUCUCGAUUACCUACUGCCUCAUUCAUGGGCUUAUCCAAUUCUCCAUUGCGACUGCAUUUGCUUCAGGAGUUCCAUUCCUCGCCCUUGGGGGGACAUUCCUGUAUUGCGCGCACCUUCUACCGGCUGUCCUCGAACUUCUUCUGGAAAAAUAUGCGUCAUGAUGUCAAGACCUUCAUAUCUUCUUGCCCCACCUGCCAGCAGAUGAAGGAUGUUCACCAUCAUCCCGCCGGGCUGCUUCAAUCAUUAUCUAUUCCAAAGCAGGUGUUCGAAGAGAUCACAAUGGAUUUUAUCACUUUUCUUCCUCCAUCACGAGGCAAGACCACUAUCUUGACUGUGGUUCAUAGACUCUCCAAGUACGCCCACUUCAUUCCCUUACCAGCCACCGUUUCUGCCAUCACUGUAGCAGAAGCAUUUCAAGAGCUCCAUCGUCUUCAGGGUACUACUUUGGCUAUGAGCACAACCUAUCAUCCUCAAACGGAUGGGCAGUCUGAGGCUCUCAAUAAAGAUGUAGAACAAUACCUUCUGUGUUAUGUGGCUGAUUCUCCAAAAUAUUGGGUAGGCAUGCUGCCUUGGGCAGAAUACUGGUAUAACACUUCAUUCCAGACUUCAGCGGGGAUGACACCUUUUCAAGCGCUAUAUGGUCGUGACCCUCCAACUCUCGCUCGCUAUACUCAACAUAGCAGUUCUCAUGAGCUUGUUGAGGUAUACUUCCUUCAUAGAGAUGAGGUUCUGGAGAACCUUAAGGGGAAUUUGUUACAGGCCCAACGUCGUAUGAAAAAGUUUGCUGAUCGCAAGAGGACUGAGGUCACAUUGCAAGUCAGGAAUUGGGCUUAUGUUAAGCUUCAGCCAUACCAUUAG